GCCACUCCGCCUCAUCGCUCUAGCUCCACCCACUGGUUCCUUAACCGUCUUACACCACCGUUGCAAAUAGCCAUUUGGCUCUGACUUUCAUCCCUAUGUCAGCUUCUCAUUUACGGUUUUUUUGCGGCCAAUCUCCAAUCCCGGCCGGAAGGCCGAAUCAGACCAGCUAAAGUCGACUGUGAAUCGGGCUGAGGGCCGAAAACCCCCACCAUCCUAUGGUAUUGAAUGCGGCUAUUACGAUGAGGCCAGAUUUUUGAGUUUAUUCAGCUAGGGCGAGGCAUAGCUUCAUGGAACCCAGGAAUAUCAACAGUUCUCCCCGUGCUGGACAUUGACCGUGGUGCGUUGCAGGGAUCCGUUAAGCGGGUGAAACACGAUGGCGGGUGAGACGGGAUCGUCGGACGCACCCGUGGCCACUGUGUCACUCUCAGACGACGAAGAAAUGGCGGAAGUGACUCCGCCCGUGGCCCAGCAACCGACCGGGACGGAGGCAAAUGGCGGGAAAAACGCCACCCCCAUUGAAUUAGUGCGACGACCUGGACCGGCUUCGCAAAUGCGGGUGCGGCGUGACGUGCCGUUGUUCAUGAGUUGCGAUGAUGACCCUUUAACGGAGGUGCAAGCCAACAAUGCCCAACGGUUGGCCCGUGAAUUCGGCAAAAGUAUGAAAAAAUUGGAAAAUCUGGCCGCGGCCGGUGCCCGUAUCACGCCGCAGGAAAAUGGUCAAGUCCAAUUCCGCGUGACCACCACCACGACCGUGACCAACGCAAGCGUUUCGAGUGCGGCUGGCCCGCGGUUGCCCGUCUUGCCCUCCGUACCUUUGACCUUACCACGGUUACCCGUGGGUCUCCCGCCCAAUAACGGGCCCACUCCGUUAACGCCGGUCAUGGCGCCCAGUUCUUUUCGUUACUUGCUGGAUCCGCGCACGGGUCGCAUUUUGGGCACCAUCAACACCUCGACCGCUCACGGAGCCACCACCAACGUGUUGACGUCCUUGCCCAAUUCGGUUAGUCGCGCCCCCUUGCCCGUGCGAAUGGGCGGCACCCGUAUGGUCAUGUCCACGCCCCGCUUACCCGGUCCACGCAUGUCUACUCCGCGACUAACAUCGCCCCGACUCUCUGCGGCCGUGCCCCACCCACCUCUUUCCGCUCCCGGACCGCGGGCCAGCGCCUCAUACCGCGCCCGUCGACCUGUGCCGCACGCUGUGGCCAUUCGCUCGGGCGCCCCACCGGUCCCGCCCCGCCCUACCGCGCCUCAACCGCCUGUGGUGGAUCUGACGGAAUCCGCUCCCGCGGCUGAUGUGCCUCAAUCGCGUUCGGAUCGGACCAAGCAUCCCUUUCCGGCCUUGGCCGUCACGCCCAAACCCCAGAAAAUGGUGCAAAAUCCAUCGGCCAAACGCUCGGAACUAGAUGUCAAGGUCAAAUCUUUGUUGGUGUACUCCCCGGCCAAGUUCACGGAAUGGCUCAUUCAAAUGGGACUGGUGCCAUCGGAGCAAUACGCGACCUCGCCCCACGGUCAGCCGUUCAAGCUGAAAUUGGGCAUGUACUCGGAUAGCAAGAAGUUCCCCCAUUCCGGAGGCUAUGUGUGGAUCUCGGAGAAGCAUCUCACCGCCACGGCCCAACUCGUGUCCGUGUUCCGCGGCUCCAUCUUCGAACUGACCACGCAGCCGCCCAUGGUGGUGCUCAAACUCAUCUAUCAUUGGUGCUGUCAGACCAACAUUCAGAACGUGGUCCAAUGGGUGAAGGUGGAUCAGGCCACGGUCUCCCAGUAUUAUCAGGCCUUACGUGGCGUGUGCACAGCCACCGUUCACGACGAAGUGUCAUCUUUGGGCGGACCGGGCAAGUCUGUGGAAAUUGGGGUGAUCUCAUUAGGCACCACCUCCUCGGACGGAUGCAAACGAGAGGUCAAAGUUGAGGUGUUGGGCAUUCUGGACCGUCACACGGGUUGCAUUCGAUUGAGAGCCACCGAGCCGGCCAAGAAUGUGACGCUGGCCAGUCGAUUCGCCCAGAUCUUCAAGCCUCUGCCCAUUUGGAUCAAUCAGAACUCUCAUAUCGUGACGGACUUCUCCAUUGAUCGCCAACGACUGAAAAUGAUGGGCUUCACCAUCGUGACUCAGAAUGCGACCACUUCGCCCAAACGAGCCCAGACCAAUAUUCAAAUUAUGGAGUACCUCAAGAAAGUUGUGCCCAAAAUGUUUCAAAACACGCUGUCUGUGUUGUCAACCAAUACCAUUCAACAAUUCCUGGACGAACUCUCGUUCCGCGAAGUGAUUGCUCAUUACCCGUUGCUCAGUUUCAAUACCAUCAUUAGCAAGAUCUCAGACGUCACGGCAAUUGCUCGGACUCAGAAUACCACAUUUUCUGCCCGAAUCAAGGAGAUCACCGACGAGCCCUUCCGAGAUUGGCGAAUGAGCACCGUGCGCCCACCUUCCAAGCCGUCGGGGAUCGAUUCCGGUCCUGGGAAUGGACUCGUGGAACCGAACUCCAAGCGAACCCCUCUCAAGCACCCAGCCAUCACGCAGUUGAACAGCAACUCCAGUGGGAACAACAAACGCAAGUCCUCCUCGGUCAAUUCGUCGGAAGAGGUCGUGGCCAAGAAGCCGAAAUCGUCCAACAAGCCCGAAAUCGAUAUGGAAAGCUUCUACUACGGCACCAUCGAAGGCGCCAGUGAGAUCUUGUCCGGCGAGUUCAAAGCCGACAUGGUAUUCAAGUGUCAUCUGUGCAAGAAGAUCUACAUGAACAACAUCGAGUUCAUGAAGCAUCUGAGCUUACACGUGGAGAGUGAGAGAGCCGCCGCCGUGGAUCUGGUGGAUCUGUGCCAAUGCAAGUACUGCUUCAAGGACUUUGACACGCCCUUCGGGUUGCAGACCCAUCUGGAUCGGGUGCAUUUCAUGAAGGGUUUCGAGUUCGUGUGUCGGAUCUGUGAUCAGGGCUUUGAGACGAAGCCCUUACUUUUGGCCCACAUGGAGGCCUUCCACGUGGGUAGCGAGUUGCCCUAUGGGUGUCACAUUUGCGCUUAUCGGAGCUCGUUCCAUCGAGAUGUGAUUGAUCAUUUCCAAGAGAGCCAUGAUCGUACGGAUAAGUUGCAAUGCCCCAGAUGCUUGAAGACCUUCACCCUGUGCAGUGAUAAAGGCUAUAGCUCGAAUGUGGCUGUGUCGUUCGUCCAGCAUCUCCAAGAGCAUCAGGAUAAGAAACUCACGUGCAAGAAGUGUUGCUUGACUUUCCUCAAGGACGGUUCCAUGAGGAAACACAUCGAGCGCGAUCACGCCUCCUACCGAUCCUUUGAAAAGUUAGAGCGUUACACUUACAUGGGCAAUGAGACGCCGCUGAAAAUCCCGAAACCCAUCGAGCGAAAUGUUCGACUAGCCGUGCGCAAGCCCGCAUGGAUCAAGAGUGUCCAGCAACAAACCGCAUUUGCGGGCCAAAACCUCGAGGACCUGAUAAUUUAUGACGUGGAAUCGGAAAACUGUAGCGAAUGCGGCGUCAAACUCGUUCAAAAAUCUCACUUCACGGCGUAUUUAUGUUGCACCAAAUGCCGAUUUUCCACUUGUUGCGCCAAAUCCAUGAGUGCUCAUGUGGAGAUAUUCCAUAAAUCCCCGGGCAAACCCGAAUUCACAUUGGGCGUGCCCUGUAUCCAGAGCAAAGAUAUGUACUGCUGCUGCGGCUUCAAAUCUCCGUCCGGCAAUAAAAUGGCCAAACAUCUGGCCUUGAAUGGCUGCUUAUCCGCCUAUCCGAGUCGGGAGGUGGCCAAAAAGGCUCGAAAAGGCCGAUCGUCAGCCUCCCAUUCCUCCAGUUCUUCGUCUUGGGCCGUGUUUAACAAGGUGUCGGCCAAGGAAACUGAUGACGAUGAUGACAAGAUCGAGUCGUAUGACCCGAACGAAGUGAUGGCCAAGGCUUAUCUGAAGCCUCUGGAGUCCAAGGAAGAAAAGAAACCCAGUGGUCAAGAAGGCCCUUUGGCCUUUUUGGGUCUUCAACGAAAACCCUCCAUGGACGACGAAGAAAGCAACAGCAAGACGGAUGUUGACUCGAUAAGACUAUCCAACGCUCAUUCCUCCCAUCCAUCGGUCGAUGAGGACGAGGAGACCGCUCAAGGCCAAUCGAAAGAAACCCAUUCGAACUCCAAGGACAAACCAUCGCCAUUUGACGAGCUCUUGGUCGACAAACAAUCUUCGUCUGGUCUUGAAGACGAUUCCAAUCCGGCCAAGUCCACAAGUUAUGCCGAAGAAUCCAAGGCGUCAAUGAAUCCGCUUCACGAUAUGGAAAGCUCGACGUUUGAUGAGGACUCUCAGACUCUGUCCUUGGAACCUAGCACGUUCAAUGGAGUGAACGAACCAGACACUCACCAUGAAGAGGACGACAUUUUGGGAUCGUUCCAUGAGGAUUCCAACACGAGUCUGCGCACGCCCAAUCCUCCCUCGGAAGACAUGGAUCCCAACACCUUUGACGAUCUGAGGAGUACCAAUGAUAACCUCAAUGGCGGGACCAGCGGUGAUCUGGAAUCUGCCCUUGAGGACUGGAACGAGGAUUGCGAAAUGGAGCCGUUGACCUUGGAAAAUGACGACGAUGACGACGAUCAAGGAGACUCGAGUCACGUUGAGGGUAUUGGUGAAAACGCAUCGCUAUGAUUCAUGUCCUGCUGUGAGUUUGCACAAAGCGUGCUAAAUGUUAAAGAAUACAUGUUGGAUGCACCCUGCGUACAA